AUGUCGAUUGCUAGCCAAGUAUCUGAGAGGGAUGAUUACCCGGUCAGCGAGAGUACCGGUUAUCAGGUUGUUGAGAGGAGAGUCGGUGGCCAGGUGGUCCAAAACACACCCGGUUACCAGGAGAUCACCAGUGCACCAGCUUGCCAGAUUGUUCAAGCGGCACGCUGUGGCCAGAUGAUGGCAAACACGCCCGCUUGCAAGGUGAUCACAAGCUCACCGGGUUGCCAGGUUGUGCAGAUGGCGGGUUGUGGUCAGGUGAUCACAAAAACGACCGGUUGUCAGGUGAUCACAAGCUCACCGGGUUGCCAGUUUGUGCAGAUGGCAGGUUGUGGCCAGGUGAUCACAAACACGACCUGUUGCCAGAUUGUUGGAAACACUGCGUGUGACAAGCAACAUUCAGUCGUUGAAAUGCCACUUUCACCAGCUUGUGCUGCGAGUGACCGUGUCAAAUCUACUGAAGGUCCGUCGCCUCAUACAGAUAGACCUACUCCUUCAUCUGCUGAAACCUCAAAUGUAAAGUUCAAGUCUUCAAGACCUUAUGCACUUUUACGAUUCGUUGGUUUAACACUUUAUGUUGCAACUUGCCUCGUGUCACCUAUUUCAAUGAUUGUUGUUGGUAAUGUGUGGAUCUUCCGCAUCUCCGGUGAAGUGAGCUACGAGCCGACAUCCAACAAAUACUGUCACAAGACUUUGUAUGAAUUCUCUGUCGUUCUUACUAACGCCGUCUACACGGUAUUGGGCGUGUACUGUGGAUUGUUUUUGGUGUGGUGUGCCGCUAGCCUGAUGGGUGAAGGGCAUUAAACUGUGUUCACACCUCUCAGCAAGUGCUACUAUGGGAAGAAAAGCUUUUAACAAGAAUUUGUGAAAGGUAAACGGAAUUAAGAAACCCAAAAGUUGUACUAUAAAUUGAAAAAAAAAUUUAAAAUUGUCAUCAAAACUUUAA